CCCGCUUCUUUUGCUCCUCUCCUCCUCCUUUUUUUUUCCUUAACACUUCCUCACCUCCUCCCUCUACUACACAUUCACAUUCAGUCAUCGACGGAUAGUCACCAUCGUGCAUCAUGGAUGAGAUUGCAAAGGAAUACGACGUCAUCGUGCUGGGCACUGGACUGACCGAGUGUAUUCUCUCUGGUGUCUUCAGUGUCAAGGGCAAGAAGGUCCUCCACAUCGACCGGAAUGACCACUAUGGCGGAGAGGCGGCAUCCGUGAACCUCGAGGCGCUCUUCAAGAAGUAUGGCAACUACCGCGAAGGCGAGGAGCCCUGGAAGGCGUAUGGCCGCCUCAACGACUGGAACAUCGACCUCGUUCCCAAGUUCCUCAUGUCCUCGGGCGAGUUGACCAACAUCCUCGUCUCCACCGACGUGACACGAUAUCUCGAGUUCAAGCAGGUUGCCGGCAGCUACGUCCAGCAGGGCUCUGGAAACAAGGCUACCGUCGCAAAGGUGCCUUCUGACGCCCCGGAGGCUCUGAAGUCCCCCUUGAUGGGUAUCUUUGAGAAGCGACGCAUGAAGUCCUUCAUUGAGUGGGUCGGCACUUUUGACAUCAACGACCCCGCGACACACAAGGGUCUCGACAUCAACGGCUGCACCAUGAAGGAUGUCUUUGACAAGUUCGGACUCGAGACGACCACCAAGGACUUCAUUGGCCACGCCAUGGCCCUGUACCUUACCGACGACUACAUCACCACCCCCGGCCAAGCCCCCGAGGCCAUCGAGCGCAUCCGCCUCUACGGUAACUCGGUCGCUCGAUAUGGCAAGUCCCCUUACAUCUACCCUCUCUACGGUCUCGGCGAGCUCCCCCAGGGCUUUGCCCGUCUGUCCGCCAUCUACGGUGGCACUUACAUGCUCAACACCCACGUCGACGAGAUUCUGUACGAGGGCGACAAAGCUGUCGGUAUCAAGGCCACCAUGUCUGGUGUUGAGGAGAUGAAGUUUGAGACCAACGCCAAGCUCAUCCUCGGUGACCCUUCAUACUUUGCCGAUAAGACCAAGGUUGUCGGCCACGUUCUGCGUGCCAUCUGCAUCCUGAAGCACCCUCUGGCUGGUACCAACGACAGCGACUCGGCCCAGCUCAUCAUUCCCCAGUCCCAGGUCGGCCGCAAGAACGACAUCUACAUCGCCUGCGUUUCGUCCGCCCACAACGUCUGCCCCAAGGGCUACUGGAUCGCCAUCGUCUCUACCAUCGCUGAGACCACGGCUAACCACCACCUUGAGCUCCAGGCCGGUCUGGACCGCCUCGGAAAGAUCGAGGAGCAGUUCAUGGGCCCCCCCAUCCCCAUCUACGAGCCCAACUCAGACGGCACCAACGACAACAUCUUCAUCUCCAAGAGCUACGACGCCACCAGCCACUUCGAGACCACCACCGACGACGUCAAGGACAUUUACCGUCGCGCGGCCGGUGAGGAGCUCAAGGUUGAGGGCUUGAGGGAUGGCAUCCAGGUCGCCGAGGAACAGUAGAGAGCUCGCGACCACGAGUCUGGGCUGGGGCUGGAGAAACCAAAGGAGAAGGUGAGCCGCGCAAUGGAGACAACGGCGUGCGUCAGCUUUGUUCUCAUGACUGUAAUCAUCAUUAUGACAACGGUUGUUGUGGCUACCCACGACAAACCGAGGGUGAAGAAACUGUCUCUGUAGACGACAAGCAACCCUUGAAAUAUACCUUUUUUCGAUAGUAGCUCACGUAUGAUUCAAUAAUCAAUCAUAUGAUAA